AUGCAUCGCCAAAUCCCCCUCUCUCUCGCCCUGCUGGCCACGACCCCCUCAACAACCGCCCACUCCCCCCUCCCCCCGCGCCAAUCCGACCAACAACCCCCAACCCCCUUCAACUGGUCCUCCAUCACCCCGACCCCCGACCUCCAAUACCACUCUUGCUACGAAACCUUUCUCUGUGCUCGUCUCGCCGUGCCGUUGGAUUGGUCCUUGCAUAAUAAUGAUACAGACACGAAAACAACAGCAGAAGAAAGGAAGGCGGCGAUAGCUAUCUUAACACUCCCCGCUACCGUCCCGGUCACGGACCCGUCCUACGCCGGUCCGUUGCUUGUUAAUCCCGGUGGACCAGGCGCGCCAGGGACGGAUUUUGUGUUGCAAGUUGGGGCGCAGUUGCAGGCGAUCGCUGACACCUCCUCCUCGGAAACAGAAGAACGACAUUUCGACAUAGUCGGUUUUGACCCCCGCGGCGUAGGCGUCACCACCCCCAGCGGAUCCUGUUACACACACCAAUACGACCGCGCAGUAGACGCCAUCAGCGUGCGUGGUCUACCAGGCGUAGGCGGGGAAAAUGGGGAAAUAGGCGUGCAGAUGCGAUUUGAGAUGGGACGCGGGCUGGGCGAGCUCUGCCACGCUAUUGACAGCGCUGAAGCCAACGACCCCGAAAACGAAGGCGGGAAGGCGUUUAGGUAUUUGUCGACUGCGGCUGUGGCGAGGGAUAUGUUGGAGAUUGUGGAAAGGAGUUGGGAGGUGGUGAAGGCUGCUGGGGGGGAUGGGAAGGGGUGGGUGAGUGAGGGUCAGGGUGGGGAGGAGGAGGCGAGGUUGCAGUAUUUGGGGCUGUCGUAUGGGUCGUUGUUGGGGAAUGUGUUUGCGAGUUUGUGGCCGGGGAGGGUGGGCAGGAUGGUGGUGGAUGGGAUUAUGGAUGCGGAGGAUUAUUUGUCUGCUGCCUGGUCCAAAUCCACCGCCGACGCCGAAACCUCCGUCACCCACUUCUACACCACCUGCUUCACCGCCGGCCCCCUCUGCCCCCUCUACCAGUCCACCGACACCUCCCCCUCCACCAUCCAAUCCCGCAUCAACACCCUCCUCACAACCCUCCAAUCCCACCCCACCGCCGCCCUCCACAACAACCGCGUCUACCCCAUAACCUCCUACCACCUCUCCGAAAAGAUCCGCACCAGCCUCUACGCGCCCUUAGCCACUUACCCCAUCCUCGCCCAGGCGCUAGCCGACGCGCUCCAGGGAAACUUCACCGCCAUCCUCUCCGACCCCAACGUGAUGGGUUUCGAUCUCGACGCCGAAGUCUGCGCUGAGAUACCUGAUGCCGACCCCCCCGUGGCAUAUACCUUCUACAACGAAGUAGCCAUCGGCAUCAUCUGCGGCGACUCUCAACCCUCCGCCGGCGUGCGUGACCUACCCUGGGCGCAGAACGUGACCCAACGUCUCCUGCAACAAGCACCCACCGUAGGCGAAGGCUGGGCGAAACUCCCUCUGUCCUGUGCUGAGUGGCCGUUCACGCCGGCUUAUACCUUCACUGGCCCGUUCGGCAGCGGCGGGGACGACGAUGACGGCAAACCAGCAACUGGGGCCCCGCUGUUGAUUCUGACUAGUCAGACGGAUCCGGCGACGCCGGUGGGGAAUGCGUAUGAUUUGGCGAAGGUGCAUGAGGGGGCGGCGGUGGUGGAGGUUAGUGGGGUGGGUCAUACGGUGUUGUUGUCGACGGCGAGUGAGUGUGCGAAUAAGUUGAUUAGGGGGUACUUGGCGACGGGGGAGGUGCCGGAGAGUGGGACGGUGUGUGAGGCGGAUUGUGUGCCGGGGUUUGAGGGGGUGCCUUGUGAUGGGGUGUUGGGAGGGUGA